AUGUGUAUUACAUUAAAGAAAAUAUAAAAAUUAGUCAAAAGUGGUUAAAUGAUAGGAGAAGCCUUAGUUCCUUAUUAUAGAUAAAUACUACCUGUUAUGAAUAUGUAUAAAAAUAAAAGAUGUAAUCAUUCAUAAUUUAUUUAGUAAAUAUCGGAGAUAAAAUUGAUUAUGCAUAAAGAAAAAAUGAAAAUCUAUCUGAUCUUAUCUAAGAAACAUUAGAAACACUUGAAAAAAAUGGAGGAGAAGAUGCAUAUAUUAAUAUUAAAUAUAUGAUACCAACAUAUGAAAGUUGUAUGUUUUGAUCGUAUAUAUUCAGCUAAAAAUAAAUUUAAGAUUUUUUUCUCUCUAAAAUCAAUAUAUUUUCAAAGGCCAUGAAAUAUUGAUUACAUUUAUUUAGAGUAGAGUAUAAAAAAUAAGAUAAAAGUUAAUGACUUUGGGCUUCCCUAAAUAUAUUUUUCGCGAAAGAGGAAUAUUGGAUGAUAAAAAGGUACUCACUAUGGCUCCCAUGUGCUCAAUUUAUCCAUAGGAGCUUCUUUUUCAUUGGUGACGUA